AUGAAGCCCCCGGCCCGGUCCAGCUGGCCUGGGCUCACUGGCCCCGCGCUGCCCCCAGGCCACCACCUGUUCGUGGGGACUGUGCUCACGGACCUGGCCGUGGGCUUCAUCCUGCUGGCCGCCUCUCUGCUCCUGCUCUGCACCUGCCUCGUGCUCAUCGUCAAGCUGCUCAACUCUGUGCUGCGCGGCCGUGUGGCCCAGGCCGUGCGGAAGGUCAUCAACGCUGACUUCCCCUUCCCGUUCAGCUGGCUCAGCGGCUACCUGGCCAUCCUCGUGGGCGCCGGCCUGACCUUCGUGCUGCAGAGCAGCAGUGUCUUCACCGCGGCCAUUGUGCCGCUCAUGGGGGUCGGGGUGAUCAGCUUGGAGCGGGCAUACCCUCUCUUCCUGGGCUCCAACAUUGGCACCACCACCACGGCCCUGCUGGCCGCCCUGGCCAGCCCCGCGGACAUGCUGCUCAGUGCCCUCCAGGUGGCCCUCAUCCAUUUCUUCUUCAACCUGGCCGGCAUCCUGCUGUGGUACGUGGUGCCCAUCCUGCGGCUGCCCAUCCCGUUGGCCAAGCGCUUCGGGGACCUGACGGCCAACUACCGCUGGGUGGCCAUUGCCUACUUGCUGCUCAGCUUCCUGCUGUUGCCCCUGGCAGCCUUUGGGCUCUCCCUGGCAGGGAGCACGGUGCUGGCUGCAGUCGGGGGACCCCUGGUGGGGCUGGUGCUCCUCCUCAUCCUGAUCAAUGUCCUGCAGCGACACCGGCCAGCCUGGUUGCCCCACCGUCUGCGGUCCUGGGCCUGGCUCCCACUCUGGCUCCGUUCUCUGGAGCCCUGGGACCGCCUGGUCAGCCGCUGCUGCCCCUGCAGGGUGUGCGGCCCCCCUCUGGCUGCUGCCAAGGAGGAUCACUGCUAUGAGAACCCUGAGGUCCUGGCCUCCCAGCAGUUGUGAAGGGGGGCACCCCCAUUUCACUGGCUCCUGGGUGCCCUGGGGG